ACCACUGACUCCAGCUACAGACCUCAAGCCAGAGGAGACAACUCACAGCAGUGAAAACCCCUAUAUUUAUCAGUUCUCUCUGCUUUCACCCAAAAAGAAAAAACAUCCACUAACCCUUCCAGCAGAAACAUCCCAGCAGCCAUCACUCCCAUGCUCUUCACUGCAGAGCCUCCGGCAAGUAUGGAGAAGUCCUCCAAUGUCCAGCCCGGACUCCCGUCGAGAUCCAGAACGACGCCCAGGAGGGAGAGGGAGAGCGGAGCCUCUGUACCUCCCAGAAGUCACAGACAAAGGCCAUCGAAGGCAGGUCGCGAUCCCGGAGCAUCAUCGGUGAGGAAAGAGAGGCUGCAGAAGGAGAAGCUAGAGACAAAUGAGGUGAAGGUGGAGCUGGAGACAGAAGUGAAGGUGAGAUCCACUGUGGUGGACAUAGACAGUGUGAGAGACAAUGAGGUCAAGGAGGAGAACCUGGGACUCCUGGAAGCAGCAGAGCAGGAGGAGGGUCUGAAGCGCAAGAACCUGGGAGUGUUUGAGUGGCUGCUGAUGGUCUUCGUCUUUGCUCUGGUUCUCCUGGUCCUCCCUCUUUCCAUUUGGUUCUGUGUCAAAAUAGUGAGGGAGCAUGAGAGAGCUGUGAUCUUCAGACUGGGUCACCUACUGCGUGGAAGACCCAGAGGACCAGGCCUUCUCUUCUACCUUCCACUCCUUGAUGUGUGUCACAAGGUUGACAUUCGACUGACAAUGCUGAAGGUUCCUCCUCACACGGUGGUGACAAAGGACUUGGUGAGGCCGGAGCUGAGUGCAGUGUGUUAUUACCAGAUAGAGAAUGUGGCUUUGUGCAGCGCAGCUCUGUCCAGUCUGACCACAGUGCUGCAGACUCUGGUCCAGGCAGCGGUCAGAGACAUUCUCGCCCAACACACAUUCAGCCACAUCCUGCUGAACAGGAGGAAGAUCGGACAGCAGAUACAAGCAGCUGUUGACUCUGUCGCUUGCCGCUGGGGCAUCAAGGUGGAGAGAGCAGACAUAGACGAGCUCAGUUUUCCGGUGGAGUUACAGCAGAGUCUGGCUGCCGAGGCUGCAGCCAAGAGACAACACCAAGUCAGAGUAAAAGCAGCAGAAGAGGACAGAGAUGCCUGGGAGGGGUUCAGGGCUUCUCUCCGUCUCCUCCAUCCCGCCCUGGUCCUUCCCCUCCCCCAAGAUCUCCUGAGCAUGACCCCUGACCUCUCAUGCCUACCACCCCCUCCUCCCCCUGCUGUGGAAGGAGAGGGAGGGACGACAGAGGGGGAACCAGAUACAGACUCACCAAUGAUGUGA